UUCUGUAUUGCCAAUAGAGUUACGAUAGCAGAAAAAAAAAUGGUGAACUUGAAAUGCAAAAACAGAAUUUUGAUGAAACCCCGAGGAAUCUAAGCAAUUCAGUUUUACAAGUUGAAUGAAAAUCUCCACGUGACACCGACCUCCGCCUUCUUAUCGCGGGAUCAUAUUUCGUUGAGUGCAGUGGAAUUAGGUUCAGUGAUGAAGGACGACUGAAAGACUAGCAGUGACGUGGAUAUUUCCCUCCCAAAGAUCUCAGUGAAUCGCCUCAAAAACCCCGCAGAAGCAUGAGUGGACAGACACAGGAGGAGAGGAACGCUGUUGUGCGUAAGAAGAUGCUGGACCUGAAGAAUGUCAAGGUGGGACCAUUGCCGAAGGACUCACCAUGGUUAAGACCGGUGCGCAUAUCAUUCAUGCAAGAUGGCAAAGCGAAGAAUUGGGAUGUCUCGAGGAUACACGACAGUGUUGCAAUUAUUAUUUACAACACCACGAGGAAGAAGCUAGUGUUUGUGAGACAGUUCAGACCAGCUGUUUACUAUGGAAUUCUACCAGAGAAACAUCAGGAUGUUGACACGAAACAGUAUCCACCAGAGGCUGGGCUGACCCUUGAACUGUGCGCUGGGAUUAUUGAUAAGAAUUUACCACUAGUUGAAAUUGCCAGGGAUGAGUUGAAGGAGGAAGUUGGGUAUGAGGCACCUGCCUCUGCUUUUGAGAAAAUUCUCACAUACACGGAUAUUGCUGCAACCGCUGGUAGACACACACAUUUUUAUGUUGAAGUUACUGAUGACAUGCACAUACACCCUGGAGGUGGAGAUGAGUCUGAAGGUGAACUAAUCGAAGUCGUCGAGAUGAGUAUACCCGAAGUAAUCGAGUACAUCUCAUCAGGAGACGUCCAGAGUCCCCCAGGUUUUCUCUUCGGGGUCAUGUGGUUCCUAUCCAAGAAACGUGAUCGUUACACAUGAAACAAACCUCAAAACGUUAGAUCAAAUUUAUUUAUUUACAAAAAGGAGAAAACGAACAAAUAUGUACAAUUUAGCAAGAACAUUUCCCCUGUCUCGGAGAGGAUCGGACGAGAAACUAGAGUUAUUGUUCAGCUUCGUCCUUCGAGAACUGCGAACUGACCCAUGCGAGGCCCCACUUCAGAUUCGUGAGCAAAAAUUUCAGUGCCUUGGUCCACUGCUCUUCAGAGUUGAAUUGAAUCCUAGAAAAAAAUCGAUGAGUUUUAGGUAAUUAAUGAAAUAAAUUGUUAGAGAACGA